GCCUUGGCACGCCAAAGUGUGCCAAAAAAAUAAUUUAAAUCAGCUCAUAGAACUUUAGAAAGAGCCGCACCCAAUUGGGAAAUGUCUCAAGAUCACACAAGCUCAGCAGAAAUUCUGGCGAAUCAAAAUCGAAAAGAAACUGUCAGUCACGAACAUCUACAAUUUCACCUGAUCAGCGUUAUAAAACCGGGUGAACACCAUCACUGCUCAACCACAAUCCAGUCGCAGUUGGAGCACCCACCACCAAGAUGACCGAAAAUAGCAGAUUUUACCUUUGGACAGUGGCACUAAUAUUGGUAUGGCUGGCCAUCGUUCAGCUACAGGUGGCAAGUGCUGAGUCCAAUAACUCCACGGUCAUAACUAUCGGAUCGCCCAACGCUGUGGAUACUACUUCGGCUCCCCGGAAGGUUAAUCCUCUUACGGAAGCUAAGCACGAACGGAAUUGCAAGGCACUCUGCGAGCACUGCGGCUGCUUGGGAUUCUAUUGCGGCGAGGAGUGUCUCUGUGAGUGCAACGAUGACAACUCAGACACAGAGUGCAUCCGUACCAUGCAGGUUAACGCCAAGUUGAUGAACAGCCCCUUCGACAUCCUCAUCCAGGGGCCAAGUAGCAAUCGCUUCGUACGCAAUGCCCAGCAGUUCGAGCAGAAGCACGAAAUGGUGGCCAGGAGUGCCUCCUCAUCCAGUCAGCUACCCCGAAACCGUCGUUCCAACAUCACAAUAUACAAGCCGUCCAAAAAAGGAUCAAGCCAGUCGACUCCCAAUGCUCUGGAGGCCGUGUCCAAGGCGUCGGAGGUGGAUCGUGCCAGAAACAAACGGUCGGUGGAGCACUUGGAAUGGUUCAAUGACUUUGCCGGCUCUUUGGUGCGUCCAUCCCCCUUGGGAACUCGCGCUCAGAGGCAAUCCAAGCCGGCUGGCUUCAAACGCCAGACUGUAGUUGAGGAACCGACUCCCCUCAUACGUAGGGAGCCUUGGUUUCUAGAGCAGAGCAUUCCUAGGAUGAUUCGUCCAGCUCCGCUGAACAAGAAACAAAGUUCUCCCAAAAACAGGAAGAGUUCCUCCCCACGCAGGAUAAGCAAGAGUCAGAUUUCCAAGAAACAGACGAGGGAGGAACCGGAACGUGAGAUUCGACCCCUCCGCGAUGCCUUGCAGGUUGUGGAGCGUAUUCCCAGAGUUCUCCAGGACACAGUGAACCAUCUUUCCGCCGACACUCCUGCUGGUGAUAUCUUCAGCCUGAACAUAAUGAACGAGGCUUUGCCAAGAGAGACCGACGAUGAAGAGCGAGCCCCGAGGAGGUCAAAAACCAGCUCCCGGGAUUUCCGUCGAAACGAGAUAGUUCCGGAAGCAGUCACCCUGGCUGCACCAGCGGCUCUAGCUCCUGCCCCACUUGGUUUGGCUCCGCUUCCCGCUGUCCAACCUGGAGGUUUGUUUCCCUGGCUGCGACAACAGCGUCUGAGGCGGCUACAACAGGCCCGAAGAAACAUUUAA